CGUCCCCCCGCCUCACCCACCACAGAUACUCCCCUCCCUCCCCCACCAUGGGGCUCUCGCACUCCCCAAGCGACGGCGUCAUAAGCGGCAUCCCCAGGCCUUCCCCAAUUAGGGGGACGGGUGCCUCCCCCAGCAGCGGGGGGUCAGGCAUUCCUCUCAUGAAGAUGUCUCCCCCAUCUUCUGUGGGGGGCAACCGGGCCUGGGGGACUGCAGCCCCCCACUGCUCCCCUCCACGCGCUGCUGGACCUCCUCUCGCCCCCACGGGACGACGUACAUCCCCCAGCGUGCCUCCCACGGGGCGACGCGCGUCCCCCAGCGUGCCUCCCGCAGGACGACGGGCGUCCCCCAGCGUCCCCAAGAUCGCUGAUCCCUCACCAGCGGCCAGGGGAACGUCACCCAUGGCGGGACAGAGGGGUGCGUCCCCCCAGAGCAGCAGUACUCGAGGCAGCUCCCCCAUCAGUGGGAGUGUGAGAGGGAGUUCCCCCAUCAGUGGGAGUGUGAGAGGCAACUCCCCCAUCAGCGGGGGUGCAAGAGGCAACUCCCCAGGAUCCCGAAGCUCCAGUGGGUGUGGAGGAGGAGGGGUGAGCGAGGAGGUGAUCAGAGGACGGGUGAGGAGGGCCCUGAGGGCCCGCCUCUACCUCCUCCACCAGCCGGGCCCCAACUCCUUCAGCGUCGGGGGCGACUCCCCCGCCCACAAGUACCGCGUCAUCAUCGGGCCCCAGAGCUGUUCCUGCGGCCACGGCCCCCACUGCGUGCACGUGCUCUUUGUGCUCGUACGUGUGCUGCAGGUGCCGCAGCAGAGCCCCCUUCUCCUGGCCUCCACCCUCAAGGAUUAUGAGGCGGAGCAGCUGCUGGGGGCGUGGGAGGAGCGCCGCAAGAAAGCAGUAAGGGGGAGAGGGGAGGGCCACCGCUCCCCCUCCAGAGGUGACACCCCCGCCUCCCACUCCCGCCUUAACACCUCAACCACGUCCUCCCCCACCCGCAACUCCCCCACCUCCAAGGGGGGGAGUGCCAACCCCACACGUGCAGCUGGAGGACCCAACGGAGACGAGGACGAGGAGGCGCAGUGUCCCAUAUGCCUGACGGCGAUGGUGGAGGGUGAGAGCCUGGUGGCGUGUGAGGGCGGGUGCCGCAACCUGCUGCACCAUCACUGCAUGGCCGUCUGGGCCGCCGACCGCCACUGCCAGCACCUGCCGCUGCUGUGUCCUCUCUGUAGGGCCCCAUGGCCCCCCAGACCUGAGGGGGAUGUCCUUAGGAGGGACAACAGUGACGCCCCCAGAGUAGAAGGCAGUAGGGGCGAGUCCCUAUGGACCGACCCUCGUAGGAGUGAUGCUCUUAGUGGGAACCCUCUGAGAUCUGAGGUCCCGAGGGCUGACCCCGCGAGAGCUGAGGCUGCAGGAGGAGAUCUCGCCGUCAUGCUGGGUCCUAAUCAUGCCUCCACCUCAUCCCCUAGUGGGGGGCUGGUGCGGGCGCCCUCCGUGAGACGUGCUGAGGCUGCGGCCCAGGACAGGGUUGACACGACGGCCAUCAGCUCCCCAACGCGUGAACUAAACGCCGCGUUAGGUCAGUUGGGGCUGGUGGGGGUGAGGGGAAUGCGGCAAGAGGGAGCAGGGGAGAGGCUGCCUCACGCGGGAGGAGGCCACGGCGUCGGUCGUCGGACGCGUGAUGACGUCAGUAGUUUCUCCUACAGGAACAACGUCACCACUGGACCUAAGCAGGCAAGCAACAGUCAGGCAAGCAAUAGCCAGGCAAGCAACAGUCAGGCAAGCAAUAGCCAGGCAAGCAAUAGCCAGGCAAGCAACUCAGGCCACGACGUAAACAACGCGAGGAUGAACGACGUGUCUCAGCAGCUCUCGCACCGACAGCUACAACAGCGCCCUUCGCUGUCCUCACGCCACCUGCAGGGCUCCAUCCUGCAGCAGCACCAGCACCUGCAGCAGGUGUCACGAGCAGCUGAGGGCACGCACCUGCAACAGGUGCCCAGGGUUGUGAGGUCAGAGAGCUGCAACCUGCACCAGAGACUUGCCGCAUCAGAGAAGCUGCCCCGCCCCACCAACCCACCAGGGUCGCCCACCAGCUCACCAGGCCCGUCCAAGUCUGUCCCCGUCAUCCGUCCAUCUCUCCUGCCGUCCAUGUCUGCCGCCCACCACCGGUCUGCCGCCCAUCCGCCCUCCGUCAUGUCGCCCACCGUCCACACCUCCGGCUGUUCAGGGGGAUACUCAGGUGGCGCAGCCCACGCUGCGUCCUCCCACCGGCGCUCCUCCUCCAUGCGCUCCCAAAGUAACCCCAACUCCCCCUACUCCCCCGUCGACCUCUCCUACCCCUCCCUCCUGUUUGCCCACCACGGCGGCUUGUCGGGGUCAAAUCCCCGUCUGUCGGGGCGUCCCAGGGGAAGCACGGCCGCCGCCCCGCCCUCACGACGCUCCCCAAGCUUCUACCGCGUCCCCGACAGUGCCUCCGCGCACGCAUAUCCCCACACCAGAUCAUCUUCUCCCCUCGACACUACUCCCAGGCGUAACCUCUCAUCUCCCCAACACGUGGGGCGCCUGCUACCUCCCUCCUACUACCCCCCCACUCUAAGGGGGGAGGUGGGGGCCGUGAUGGUGGGGGCAGUGGGGGAGGAUGAGGUCCCCUUGCCUCGCAGCGAGCCCAUCCCCCCCGAGCACGAGGACACGGCCGCGUUAUGGGUGGCCGUCUUCGGGCGCGACCUUGUGGCCUGUCUCUUCUCCAGGGACUGGGCGGUCAGGGAGACUGGCUUGCGGAGACUGGCGCACGAGGUGGUGAAGGUGCUGCACUGGGACCAGCUGGUGACGGGGGAGGACACCAAGAAGAAGGUUGUGCAUUGCUGCGCCAACGUCCUGGCGCAGGUGGUCAACGAUCCUGUCUACCGCGUCUACCUCGCCUGCCUGCGCGUGGUGCGGGUGCUGCUGUCGUCGCUGUCGCUGCAGACGCCUGCUGAGGUGCUGAGGCUGCAGCAGCUGCUGAGGCCGCUGCUGCACACGCUGCUGCUCAAGUGUGCUGACGGCAACAGGCGGACGUCACAAAUCAGCGUCGACUCCCUGCUCGAGCUGAGUCGGGGCCAGGAGGGUGAGCUGGCCCUGGGACGGUCCCAGUACCAGCAUCUGGGCCGUCACCAGCUGUCCAGCCGUCACCUAGAGGACCCGCAAGGUCGGGACCAGCCGUCCAGCCUGGGCCUGGGUGGUGUCCAGUACGUAUUAAGCUGCAUCCUGGACGACAGCCCGCCUCAAGAGGCGCCGUGGCAGUGGCUGCUGGGCAGGCUCUGUGUGCUGGAUCGUCUGCUGGAUCAGUUCCCUGAACAGUUUCAGAUCCAGAUGGUGUCCCUGCAGCCAGCUGAGUCAGGGUACAAGCUGGAGCACUACGACCGCCUCAUGACCGUCGUCGAGUUCGCCUUCAAGGCGCUGGGCAGCAGCCACGCCACCGUCGCUAAACUCGCCCGCCGCGUCUAUAUCUGCGGCGCCCGCAUGGCUGCCGCCGAGCCCAGCGUCUUCCGCCAUGUCUGCGACAUGCUCGGCAAGCUUGACAUCUCUCUGCAGAUGAGGCUCAAGAGGCGCCUUAGAUCCCUGCAGGGGGGAGGACAGCGGCCUCCCUAUCCCCUCAUGCUGGGGCCUGACCAUCAGUCCAUCGUUCGCAAACUCAGGCUCCCUGUGAACGCAGACACGCCUUACACGAGCGCCCUGCCUCGCCUCGUGCGCUCAGUGUCGCACUCCCCCAGUCGUCUGCUCGCCCACACCCUGCAGCCUUCGCCUGAGCGAGUUCCGCCUGCCAGUGACAGCAGACGAGGCCAGAGCACUGACUCGCCUGACACAGCAGGGCGCGAGGGCUGCCACCGAGACAACAACAGUGACAGGAACGACCCUGGAAAUGACCACGAGGAUCACGACAAGAGCACCACCGACGUUCCUCCUGACGAAGAACCUCCUCAAGGCGGCAGCAGUGAGGCCGUCACGGCGCGGAUUACGGACGUGAUUUCCAGGGACGCCGUCACGGCGGACGCCACAGACGACGCCUCGUCCACCAAGACCUCGCCCCGACGCCCCACCCACCUCCCCCUCGACGCCCUGCAGUUCAGCGAUAAACAGGCUCGCGUGCGCCAGUAUCACCGUUCACGACCUCGUCAGGAGGAGCCCAUCAUCGUGCAGCACGCCCUCAUCACGUCCAAAUCCAGCAAGCACAACAAGCCAAACAAGCAGGCGGCCAGUGGCCUCAAGACCGCUGCAGGGAACGCCGCUCAGCUGAGACCUGGUACUAGUAACGCCUCUGCUGCUCGAGACCGACCCAACGGCAGCAGCAGUAAUAACAACUGCACCAGUAAUAACAACUGCAGCAGUAAUAAUAUCAGUAGCAGCAACAACGGCAGUAAUAAUAACAACGAGAACAACGCUGUUGUUAGGGCACAAGGAGAACAACUCCGGAGUCCCUUGCUUCGCAGAGGCGGCUUGUCCCAGAGUCACGGCAACAACCUGGACCUGAGCCCCCGGACCCCCACAGGCCCUCCCCUCCUCCCCAACUUCACUUUCAAGGAAGCCAUCGCGUCCCCUUCUACACCCACUGCCCCCUUCACGACCCCCGUGAAGGAUCCAUCUCCGCUGCUUCCCCCCACCAUGUCCCCCCAACUGCAGUUAUGCGUUGACGCCCUCACUGAGGGGGAGGAAGAGGGGUUCUCAGAGCCUCCCCUCCCCAGCAUCCCCAAUCUCCCACUCGUGCCCCCUUACCUCGCGCAUGAUGUCGGCGGAUCACAAGAGAGGAUCGCGGAAGAGACGUGCGACCUGUACACGGAGGGCACGGAGUGGGUGCGUGGGCCGCUGCUGGGGAGUGGGGCGUUCUCGUGCUGCUAUCAGGCCAGGGAUGUGGCCACAGGUGCCCUCAUGGCUGUCAAGCUCGUGUCGUUCCUGAGGACAAGCAGUGAGGAGCAGGAGCGCGUUGAGGCCGCCGUAGAGGAGGAGAUCUUGCUCAUGUCGCAGCUACGACAUCGUAACCUCGUACGUCUUGUAGGGUCCGUGAGACACGCAUCCUCCUUCUGCGUCUUCACAGAGUGGAUGGCGGGAGGGUCGGUGUUCUCGAUGCUCGAGCGCUACGGCGCCUUCAGUGAACCUGUCAUCCUGCGCUACAUCGAACAGGUCUUGCGAGGCCUUGACUACCUGCACGACAACAUGAUUCUGCACCGCGACCUAAAAGGUGCGAACCUGCUGGUGGACAGCACGGGACGGUGGCUGCGCAUUGGGGACUUCGGGACGGCGGCGCGCCUGGCAAGCAAGGCGACUGUGACGGGGGAGUUCCAGGGACAGCUGCUGGGGACGCUGGCGUUCAUGGCGCCCGAGGUGCUGAGGGGCGACGACUAUGGGCGCGCCUGCGACGUGUGGAGCAUCGGCUGCUGCCUCAUAGAGAUGGCCACGACUAAGCCGCCCUGGGACGCCGACCACGUCUCCAACCAGUACAAGCUCAUGUUCAAGAUCGCGACGAGUAACGGCCCGCCUGCCGUCCCGACCCGCCUCUCGGAGAGCACGCGGGCCCUGGCCCUGCAGUGUCUGCAGAUCUGCAGCGAGGCCCGGCCUUGUGUUAAGCAGCUGCUGCAGCACUUCAGUCGCCCCACUCCUGGCCCUGCAGUGUCUGCAGAGCUGCAGAGGGGUCAGACCCUGGGAUAACUGGAGGUCUGCAGCUCGCAUCCUGCAGCCAUGGAGAACAUGUCGGCUCUCGUGCUGAACGUUCCUCAUGAUCCAUCAUCUGCUGGGGAAUGUUACUGGGUCUCUUCGAUGAUUGCAAUAUUUACUUACAUGUUUUAUGCCGAACAUGUUUACCACAGUUCAUGUUGACUUAAACUUUAACUGUACAACAUCUAGACGACA